GGCUGCAUACCUAACUGGCAGGAAUGUGAUUGUACUGCAGCGGAGGAGCCGUCAGACUUGUGGCUACAAGCACACAGUCGAUUGCAUCACAUCCGAGUGAGUUAUCUGUGUGAGUCUGAGGGUGUGUGCGGUUUUUUUUUUUCUUUUCUUUUCUUUUCUUUUCCUUCCAUUUAACAUGUUAAGUCAAAUCAGGAAGUGUGAUGCUGUGACAGUGAAGAGGGAAGCAGGCGCACAAUGGCACUAUGUCUGCCUCUCCGCCUGGUAACAUGAGAGGCCCCCGGGUGAAGACCCCUCUCCUGCUGCUGCUGCUGUUGACCUCUCUGGCUGGGACAGAGACCGAGGCACAAGAGGACGUCACCGGUGACCCAGACCCAGUUGAUGAUGAUACAGAAAUCCCAGAGUUGCUCUCAACAAUUUCUGAUGCUACAUUAUCCCCAGAUCCUCUGGCCACAGAAGAUCCAGGUGAACAGAACACACAAGAAGACCAUAGCUCCGGACUGAGCUACUUAACCUCCAGUCCUUGGGAGGUUUCACCAUAUACAGAGGACCCCAACACUAUGGGUUCCACCAUCACACCACUGGAGGUUGACCAGAAUGUGGGUCUCAUCAUCAUCCCGAUCCUGGUGGUGCUGGUGGUCGUAAUCAUCGGCAUGAUAGUGUGCGGUAUUUUCAUCAACUGCAGGUGGAACAAAACAGUGAGAAAUCAAGAGCUAAGAAAAGAAGAUCCAUAUUUGGAUGAAUCCAGCACAGAGAAGGUGCCAAUGCCCAUGUUUGAAGAAGACGUGCCCUCUGUACUGGAGUUAGAAAUGGAGGAGCUGGACCAGUGGAUGAAAAAAGACAGUUAACAAAGGACGCUCUCCCAGUAUGCAAGGACACACAGUCAACAAUGAAUCGUUGCCAACUUGGUCGUUCUGACCUUUCUGCAGUAAUCCAGCUACAUUUGUGACCACAGGAGGUAAUUUGACUGCCAGGAAACAACGUCACAACACUUAAGGGACAUCUACAAACGUUUUUUUUGUUUUUACAGUAAAAAAAAUUCAGCACGAAAAAUUGAAUUUCAAAACUCUUGGCUGUUAUUCCUCCUGACAGAAUUCAAUGGAGAGCAACAUGCAGCAACUGGAAUUCUACAUAUUAAACAGUGGCUUUUUUUUUUUUUUUCUGUCAGUGAUCAGCGUUUUGCCUUUCAUGCUUUGUCUGUUUUUAUUGUUUUUCUAACUGUCUGUUUUGCCAGGGACAUUGUACAGUAUUUUCUGUAUCAUAGAAUCAGCCUGAGAGAAAAGUGUUCAGUAUAAACCUAAAAAAAGACUGUGCUGUAGCCACCAAUUGUUACCUGUUUGCUGAUUCAUAUUAUUAAAGAGUGUGUGGUCAUCUUCAAGUGCAUUAGGCACAUACUCUUCUCCACCCCUCACAGAUACGACUGCUCAUAGUUUCUGCUGAUGGCUUAUCGUCGACUCAAAGCCUCUUUGUUGUAUUACACUGUUUGACUCCCUCCGGCUGCAGGUUUUAAUGGGGAAAUAUCCUGUUGAAGACUGUAGGCAUGCAUGACAGAGGAGGCCACUCCUUUUUCAUGCCUGUGCAGAGCUGGUUAGGACUUCUGGAUAAAGAGUCUUUAUUCAGAAACUGAUUGAAAUCUCAGAGUGUGAAAUCAAGAGCUUUUGAUAAAUUACUGCCUGUUGCUGAAACAGCUUUCUAAAAGCUGCUACCGAUAAGAUUUUCAUAUCACCCUAGAUAAUAACUCUCUGACUGAAUACAUUAUAUCUAGAGAUGCUGUUUCAAUGUUUUGUUACAAGUAUAGGCUUAAAAGUGUAGAAUCAAAGCAGUCAUCACACUGAUCUAAAUGUGAGCGCUACUUUCUCUGAGUGUCAGUUAGUAUUUUGCAGAAUCUUGCACUGUAAAUAUGGGAAUACGGAAUACCAAAAAAAAUAUUAUUUUCAUUGAAUGUUUUUUGUAAAUAUUUCAUACAAGGAUGUAGUAUUUUUAUUUUGCUGAUGAAGCUAUGAAUAAAAUUUCAAUAAAGAGAAAUAUCUUGAUAUGUGAAAAUUUUUAGCCAUGCUAGUGACAUGGCUCUUGGGAUGACAAUGUCAGUUAGUCUGUUUGUCCACCAAUUUU